GGUCACAUGACUGCUUCCCUGCCAAAGCAGUAAAUAUCAGGCGAGCUAGCAAGCGGCAGUUUCAGGCUACCAGGCUACUCCCUGUAUCAGCAGCACAGACAAUGUUUUAUCACCCGUUAUUUGACUUGACCGGUUAACAACCCCGCGUCCGUUGGGUGUGUGGUGCGUCUCGAUAAGCGAUGACCCGACUGCUUCUUCUUGUGUCAUAACGGAGGCUCGUCCGCUUCAUCAAAUCUGUGACUUAGCCAGCUAGCUGGCUUGACAGGUUAGCUUAGCGCUAGCAAGCUGAGUUAGCGUCUAAAGAGGGCUUCGUUGCUAGUGACUAUGCAAGGGGAGACCACGGCUAUACGAAUCACGGAAAGCGAAGGGAAGCUGGAUGUAUUCCCCCAGAACAGGACCCCCAGCUCGGGGAGGGCAAGUGCCAAAAGCUGGCAGUACAGCGAUCACAUGGAGAAUAUUGAUGGCUACCUGAUGAAGUACACCAACCUUGUGACAGGCUGGCAGUACAGGUUCUUCGUCUUAAACAAUGAGGCGGGCUUUCUGGAGUACUUUGUCAAUGAGCAGUCGCGGCCCCAGAAGCCCCGCGGGAUGCUUCCCCUGGCGGGUGCCGUCAUCUCUCCCAGCGACGAGGACUCGCACACCUUCACCGUCAACGCCAUCAGCGGGGAGCAGUACAAGCUCAGGGCCACCGAUGCCAAAGAGAGGCAGCACUGGGUGAGCAGGCUGCAGAUCUGCACGCAGCACCACACAGAGGCCAUGGGGAAGAACGGAUGUGAGCCGGACAGUCUGCAGCUUCCUGUUUUCCUUCCUCCCAAUGCCAAAGGAGCAGUCGAACAGAGUAAUCCCCCACCCAAGUCGCGGAGCUACUCGAUGGCGUCUCAAGGCAGCGGCAGCUCCCCCAUGUCAAUGCGCCGGCCCAGCCAAAACCCCAACAACUUGUUCAACUGGUCGCAGGUCAACAAGGGCUCGUCGCUCUACUCCAGCAAGAGGUCACUGCUGCCGGACCACCUGAUGGACGCCAGAGAGAUGAUGAGCCAGGCCCAGGGCCAGCACAGAGAUCUGAUCCAGAGCAUCGAGGGCCUCCCCGCCGCCCCUGGCCUGUCCCCUCUCGACCAGGACCUGCUGAUGCUCAAGGCCACUUCCAUGGCCACCAUGAACUGCCUGAACGAGUGCCUGCACAUCCUUCACCUGCAGCAGGUGGCCAGGCAGCGAGGCUCGCUGGGAGGACCCACCAUCGAGUGGCUGGAGCCCAAGCUGCCCGACAUCCUGAAGAACGGCAGCAGCUCCCUGGGCAGCUUCACGACCGGGGAGGGCCCACUGGAGGGGAGCCGGCUGGAGCUCAGCAGCCCCGAGUCCUGCAGCUUCUCUGGGGAGCAGGAAGACAUCAGCGCAGACGAUGAGGCGGAGGACGGCUUCUCGGACAAGGAGGAGGACCUGGGAGCUGUGGAGGAGGAGCGCAGCGUCAUCCUACACCUGCUGUCCCAGCUGAAGCUGGGCAUGGACCUCACACGGGUGGUCCUCCCCACCUUCAUCCUGGAGAAGCGCUCUCUGCUGGAGAUGUACGCCGACUUCAUGUCCCACCCGGACCUCUUCGUGGCCAUCACCGACGGCAGCAGCCCGGAGGACCGCAUGGUCCGCUUCGUGGAGUACUACCUCACUUCCUUCCACGAGGGCCGCAAGGGCGCCAUCGCCAAGAAGCCCUACAACCCCAUCAUCGGCGAGACCUUCCACUGCUCCUGGAAGGUUCCCAGGAGAUCGGAGGCGUCCAAGGAGCCGUCACAGGGAAGCCCCGACCCAGCCGCCUCCCAGGAGCCCUACCAAGUGCGCUUCACGGCGGAGCAGGUGUCCCACCAUCCACCCGUGUCCGGCUUCUAUGCUGAAUGCCAGGAGAGGCGGAUGUGUGUGAACACGCACGUGUGGACCAAGAGCAAGUUCAUGGGGAUGUCCAUCGGAGUGUCGAUGAUCGGGGAAGGCUGUCUUUAUCUGCUGGAGCAUGAUGAAGAAUACACCUUCACGCUGCCUUGUGCGUACGCGCGCUCCAUCCUCACCGUCCCAUGGGUGGAACUGGGCGGCAAAAUCAACAUCAGCUGCGCCAAGUCGGGCUACUCGGCAGUCAUCACUUUCCAGACUAAACCGUUUUACGGAGGCAAAUUACACAAGGUAACGGCGGAGGUGAAGCAAAACAGCACCAACGCGGUGGUGUGUCGCGUGCAGGGUGAGUGGAACGGCGUUCUGGAGUUCAGCUACACCAGCGGAGAGAUGAGGGUGGUCGACGUCACCAAGCUGCCUGUGACGAGGAAGAGCGUCCGGCCGAUCGAGAAGCAGGGGCCGACUGAAUCCAGACGCCUGUGGCAGCACGUGACUGAGUCCUUACGGGAGAAGGAUAUCGAAAAAGCCACGGAGCACAAGAGGCUCCUGGAGGAGCGGCAGAGGACGGAGGAGAGGCACCGCGUCGAGACCGAAACCGCUUGGAGGACCAGAUACUUUGACAGAGAGGGUGAAGGAUGGGUCUAUCACAAACCACUUUGGAAAAACUCUGCAUUCAAAUCCUAGUUUCUUCAGCUCGUUUCUUGGAUGUUGAUACUGUAGAUUCAGGUGUGAGUGUGUGUGUGUGUGUGAGUGAGUGUGUGUGUGUGGUUGGCAGUUUUGAAGCGAGAGCACGACCUGCACUGACGUACAGACGAAUGCAAGCCGCAGGGAGACGGACAGAGAGACGGUGCGACCGAAGGCGUUCUCGAAUCUCUCUCACGACAUUCACGAAGCCUCCAAGUACAAGCUUUUGUACUGCUGAUCAGUCUUUUUUUCUUUUCUUUUUUUUUUUAUAAUCCAAUGUCAAUGAAACAUAUUCUUGUACAGGUAAUGGUACUCUAUUUACACAGCCUUAAGAUAGUCUGAUGAAUGAUGCUCUCAGUUUGGGCUUUUCUGAUCAACCUGGAUUUGGUUCUUCUUCUUCUUCUUCUUCCUCCUUUUUAAAGCUGUGGUAUCACACUAAUGUCAAGCGACUCUUGAGGAGUUUCUUUCUCUAAAAUAAGAUAUCCAACAUGACAGAAAGCAAUUGGAAUACUGCCUGAUAGAUGUGAUGCUGUGAAACUGUUGUAAAUUGGAUUUAGUGUACUGGAAUGUAAAGAUGCUGUACAUGAUCUCUAUAUAUGUUAAAGAACCUGAGAACUGUUGCUUCAAAUCGACGUUUUUCUCGACAAGAUUUAACAUUUUACGACUGAAUAAGCAACAGUGAAACUCUAAAACGUUUUAGGUACAAAAACUCAAAGUAAUCUGCUUCAUCGGGACUGUAGGUGUGUGAACUGUAACCAUGCAACCCAUCAGCUGUCGGCAGAUUCUGUUUCAGAUGUUCCUUAAUCCUGACUGGUGCACGAAAGUCAUGCGUCAUACUUCAACCUGUGAGGAAAACACACAGAUGUUUCAUGUUGAUGUAAGAAGUUUUCAGGGCUUUUAAACCUCCACAAACAGUUGACUCUACUAACAAAGAAGCCAGAAGUAAAUUUACAUGCACACAAUAUUCUGAUCUCCAGGUAAUCAUCUGAGGGCAAUACUUCCUGUAUUAUAAUAUAGUUUAUACACAUGGAUGGUUUGAUUCUGAAGAAUUUGUCUUGAGGAAACAACCAAACGUUUGAGCAGCAGCGGGAAAAAAUAAAUUGUAGUGCAAAUAAAAGAACGACAAAAAGCUUAGCUUAGCACAAAGACUGGAAACCGGGGGAAACAGCUAGAGUGUCUGUCAAAAAGGAAAAAAGGGAGAUUUGAAGCUCGCUAAUCUAAAACUCUGUGUCUCAGUUGUUUAUCUGAACGAAACCCAAAUUGUAAAAGAGACAAGUUGUGGGUUUAGGAGGAACUUUUUCUUGGCGGGGAGCAGUGACUUCCUCAGGUCUUAUAUUGAGAUUUCUGCUCCUGACCAUGAAUUAGUCCAGCACUUUACCCUGGUUUUCAGUCUUGAUGUUGACUUCCUGGUUUAAAGGGACAAAGGGUCAGAAAAUUUAAUGACAUUUUUUUUAAAAAAGGAAAUUGUCAAAAAAAAAAAUAGCUGAUAUUCCUAUAAUGAGAUAAGCUCCAUAAAACUCUGGAAUCUAAGAUUUGGUCACGAUUUUCAAGGAGAGACAAAGUCCCUCAUCCAUGGGACCUUAUUUCAGAAAUAAUCUGUAUUCUGGUUAAUGGCGAAAGACAAAAGAUUUAAACUUUUAAAGAUCAUUUUGGAAGUCAAAAAAAGUGGCAGUUUGUUGUAAUGUUUGCGAAACAACUCUGCGAGCUACAUCUCUUGUCACCAACAUGGCCGUCAACUUGGCCCAGAAAGUUAGCAUGCUAACUUCUAUAGAUAUACAUAACAUAUUGCAGCUUUGAAUUGAUAAACGUGUGUUUUAAGAAAGAGAAUCAACUUGAUUUGAUUUCAAGAUCAUUUGUCUCUCGCCAUGAACCAUUUUGCAUGUUUUUCCUGAAAAAAAAAAAAGAUUUUAUCUAUUUCCAUGUUGUAAAAUUGGUGGAGUGACCCUUUAACCGGGUAAGGCUGCCCUUGAUAAUGACUUCAGGUGUUCAGACGAUAGUCUCAACAGUGAUCGUAUAUCGCCUUAACUUGCUUUAUCAGGUAAGUUGUGUGCAUCUAGAUCUACUUUAUUCAUCUCUAAAUUCUCAUGUAUUUAAUUGUUGUUUGAUGCUUUAUCGAUAUCGAUGUGUUGACGUAGUCACACUGCUUGAAUGGCAUGUCGUAGACUAGCUGACGAAUAACCAAAUUUUUUUAAUUAUCGAAAAACGACCACGAUCGGGUGAGUCACACGUGAAUGCAUCUAAAGAAUUGCUCCCCCACCGUUCACACCCUUCUUGUUUUUUUUUCUUUUUUUUAGUCCUGUGGUUUAACGGUGGAUGGUGAAAAUACCUGCUUGCAUGAUAGCAAAGUCUCUCUGUUCACACUGAUUGCAGUAAGUAUACUGCUCCUGUGUCUGCAUUACUUCAAUUUAUAAGUGUCUGUCAUGAAGAGCUUUUAACCAAAUUUGCUUGUUUUGUAAUGCAAAUAAAUAUUAUUUUCUUUGAAUGCAUCUUUCUCCCCCAUCUCGCGCUUGAACUGCUCUGAUUUUUGAGCCACUUUUGUACAGACGUCAAGUGUUGGAUCAGUGUUUUCUCUUUCCUUUCCUUUGCAUCUACUAUACUGUGAUGUACAUACGAUGUAAUAUUUCUCCCCCCUCGACUAAACCGCCGCCUCACAUUCUCAAAGCGUCCCCCCAGUCAGAAAGAGGAAAUCCACCCCGCCAUCGAUAAGCUACUCCCCUCCACGUCUCGGUGCCUUAUGCAAACUCUUUCUGUGUCUUCCAGCGAAGGAGCACAGCAUUUUCAUCAGUUACUUACCUGACAGAUGCAACGGCGUAUGUAUUGUUUGUGUGGUUGCGUGUGCUUUCUUUUGAGACUCCGUGCUUGAUGUUGAGAGCUAAGCACUUUCAUUCUAGGUUUUGGCAUUCUCUUGUUUUGUUUUGUUUUUUUUGAUUCUACUGGUUGUCUUGCUGACCUAUGAAAUGCACUGACAUUGAAGGAAACCUGAUGUUGUAGAAAAAAUGGACGUGUGAUGAUAUUAAUCAAAUAAAUUACGUAUCAGUUGUA